AUGGAACCGAUUGUUUUCUGCAGCCCUAGUAACAUGGAAUAUAUUGAUCUCCACUGCCCUAGUAACAUCGAAUCCGUUGUUCUUGAAGACGAAGCUGCAGAAUUGAUGAUGGAAAUUAGAGAUGCUUCACCAACACACUAUUCGUUGAAAAUUGAGUCUUUCUCUCUACUUUCAGAGAGUGGCAUUGAUAAGUUUGAAUCGAAUGUGUUUAAUGCUGGUGGUUAUAAAUGGAAAAUGAUCAUUUAUCCAAAUGGGAACACACGCGAAAAUGGAAGUGGACAUAUUUCAGUUUACUUGGCAAUUACAGGGUUAAAUUCCAUGCGUGCUGGUUGGGAGGUCAAUGCUAUAUUUACCUUCUUUGUGUUCAAUCAACUCCGCGACAAUUAUCUUUCAGUACGAGGAAAAAUGCGGCGUUUUCAACCUAUGAAGACCUUAUGGGGACUUCCCAAAUUUCUUUCUCACAAAACAUUUAAAUAUCCAUCUAAUGGAUACCUUGUUGAUGACAAAUGUGUGUUUGGAGCAGAGAUAUUCAUCAUACAUAGACAAGCAAUUGGUGAAUGUUUGUCUAUGGUGAAAUCUAACGACUUGUUUAAGCGUCAAUGGAAGAUCUGUAAUUUCUCCAAACUUCGCAAAGAUUGGCUUUCUGAAGAAUUUACUGUGGGAGGUUACAAUUGGAAGCUCUUGGUGUAUCCACAAGGCAAUGUAACCAGUAAGGGAUGUUAUAUCUCAAUAUACCUAAAAUUUGUUAAUGCUAAGGACUUUAAUCAACAUCAAAAAGUGAAGGCAAAUUGCAGCAUAAACCUCAAAGAUCAGAUAAAUGGUGGAUGCAAAAAGCUAUCUUAUUGUGAGUGGUUUUCUAGCACCGCACCGACUUGGGGUUUUUCAGGUUAUAUGCCUUUAACUCAGUUGUAUGAUGAGAAAAAUGGUUAUCUUGUCAAAGAUUGUAUUGUGGUGGAAGUUGAUCUGAAAGUUGUGUUUAAGCAUAGUGUAAGGAACUUAUCUUAA